AUGCAGAAGAGAGUGUUUCUAAUCAUCGUUUUGGUGUUGCUUUGCAGUGCUAUUGCCGCUUAUGCUGCAAACGAACCCAAAUAUAUCCUUUAUACGCAACGUAUUAGGGAUUCGCCGCAGACAAUUGAACCAGAAGCGGAAUCCCUGGUGCGUAGUUCUUUCUAUGCAUUGGACCCAAUAAUUGUGUCUAUACCCCGAUGGCUGGGCAAUAGCUCAACAAUAGAACAUUCCACUGUAGUUGCUGCCAAACUUGAUCAAGAGACAUGUAAUGUGAUAACUGUGGACCUUGAAGGAAUAACCAAUGAAUCGGAUAUCAUUGAAAGUGUGGGUAAUCUAAUCGUUCUAUUUAAUCGUCAGUUUGAUGUCUCGCUGGAGCAACUAUCGCUGGUGGGUUUCGCCGAAGGAGCCCAUCUAGCUGGCGGGGUGGGUGAGAAGGUUAAGACAGAUCUUGGUCAGCAAUUAACCAAGAUAACAGCUCUCGAUCCCACCGCCGCAAAUGGUGAAUUACUCCAGCAUAAAUUGUCUACGCAAGAUGCCAAAUUCGUUGAGGUCAUUCAUACGAAUAGCGGCGGAGCCGGCACUUGGGAGGAAUUAGGUCACGUCGAUUACUAUCCAAAUGGCGGUGACAGUCAACCUGGUUGUGACAUAACAACAGGUAUCGCAAAUGCAUGUUCGCAUGAAAGAGCUCUCCAUUUGCUCAACGAGAUGUGGUCACCAUCGAAUGGUUUUGUUAGUGCUCGUUGCGGUUCUGUGUUGACUUUAAGUGCCGAAAACUGUCGUUGGUCCUCGCUCCGCAUGGGGCAUGCUGACGUAUCUACCUCUGCCUCGGGCAUUUACUUUCUAGAAACGCACAGCAGUACACCUUAUUCAAGGGGAGCCUACUACAUAGGCUUCUUGUGAGACAAACAGGAGGCGGCGGCCACAUCUCUGGGUGAAUGUGAAUAAAGGCCCUCGAAAAAAGAUAAA